CCCUAGUUCAGUAGUCAGGGCACUGAUCAGGGAAUCAGCCACAUUCACUUUCAUGAUAUACUGAUUCACGACCUAGGGAACUAGGGAGCUGAUUGAGGUUUAGUUUGUAUUGGUUUGUAUGGUGGGGCAAAUUAACCAAUAAACAGACAACAAGAUGGGCGGGGUCAAGACAAUCGACAGGAGAGCACAUGACACAAGGAAACAAAUGAAAAUGGCAUGUGCCAUGUGCAAAUAUUAACACAGAGUGUCAGAGCUCCCAAAAUGUGAAAGUAUGCAUCUUUCAAAUCCAUUGCUAGAAGCAAGUCCCUGGGUUGAAUAUGUGCAAGGAUCUGUUGUACAAUGAUCAUCUUAAACGAGAAUUUUGCCAAAGUUUGGUUUAACGGUCUUAGAUCUAGAAUGAGACGCAAGGGCUGUACACCAGCUGGCAGCAACUCACCGCUUAACAUGGGCUGGGCAAGAGACUGGUUCACAGCUCAUAGCCCGGGAACGUUCUCGCCCAUCAUACUGAACUGCAUGGAGCUUGCACUCUGCCAAACACCAUCCAUAGGAGGGAUUUUGCUUAUGUCAUGCAAGAGCAAUAGAGAAGGAAAAGAUCUCUGAUGUUGAUUUAUGUUUGGUUUUGCAUUACGUUUAUUAACUCAUUCACAUGUGGUAAAACAACACACAAACAUUUUUCUCUGCCCACCGCAACUGGCAGGGGGACACAAACUCUGGCUCACAUGAAGUGCAUUAUCAUUUGCAACUACUUUUGGGCUUCCUUGAUUUUAUCAGAGAAUGCUCUAACUGCAGGCCUGGGGUUUAUAGGGCGUUGAGCAGCAGUGCCUUAUCUCCAUCAUGGAUCUCUGUGAGGGUGAGCCAGAGAUGCCGCUGUAACACCAUGAGCCUGACCAUGCUUCACCCAACUCCUUGAGCGACCUUCUUUGAAACACAAAGGGCGAGGUCCACCGCUGUAUGCAGUUCAUGAGUUCACACUUACAAAUAAUCGGAUAGUAAAUAGUAUGUGUAAUAGUAUGCGUAUUUGCCAUACUGUCCAAGGAGAGGGCUUCGAGCUUGGCAUUUGGCCCGAACCCAGAGUACUACCCCCGUAUUUCUGGUUAGGAAAGUAAUCAGGCGAGUGUGAGGAGACAGGAUGGUGGAGAGAUACUGAAAAAACUGAUGAGGAAUAUAGGUGAGUCGACUGUCUGUAUAUAGGCCUUCACUCAUGUUGAUUGGGUAGAUUGCUGACAGCUGGCUGAAAUGACAUGAUUAGUCAGAUUAUUUGAACGUUGCUCCUUCCGAACUUUGUUAAUAAAACAUAAUUUCACCAGUUCACACUUACAAAUAAUCAGAUAGUAAAUAGUAUGCGUAAUGGUAUGCGUAUCUGGCGUGCUGUCCGAGGGGAGGGCUCCGAGCUCGAUAUUUGGCCUGAACCCAGAGUACUCCCCAAAAAUUGCAAACCAAUGCAGGACACAUUACUGAUGACCCCCAAAAAUUGCAGUGUGCAGGCUGAUUGUGCUGUUUGGAGGGUUAGUUUGAAGGACCGGGAGAGUUCUCGCCACAUUGGAUGAAGACAUUACUGCUGCGGCAGUGAAGGUGAGUUUAGACAGAACUGAGCUCCUGCGGGAGCAGAGGUGACAUUGCUGCGGCAGUGGAGAAAAUAUCCAGAAGAUCUGAGCUGUGGGAGCCGAGGUGACUUCACUGCUGUGGUAGAUUCCACAGCUGUUGAAUUUUGUGGGAAGGGAGUGAAAGGAGUUUUUUUGGGGGGUAUAGUAUUAGUAGGAAGAGAAGCCGGGACCGAAGCCGUUAGCGGAGGCAGCCUCACGCUCGGGUCGGCCCCUGGAGCCUGGGGGGGAACGAAGAUGUUAGAAAAUGAGGUACUCUGAGAAGGAAAAUAAUGCACCUGGGUCUGCGCUGCUAGCGGAGGCAGCCUCGUGCUAGGGUCUGAUGAUGGGACUGCAGGCCAUGGACAGGGAGUUCACGAGUUCACAUGGAAAUUUUGGCUUGGAAAUUUUGGCCUGAACCCAGAGUACAGGUACUAAUAAAAGUAGAUAGAACCGAAGGGAAUGAAGUGAGGAGAUGGGGUGGAGGAGGGAUGCUGAUGAACUGUUAGACGAACGGAGGUACGUCUGCUGUAUUUAUACCUCCUGUCAUUGGUUUGCAUUGAUUAACUGAAUGCUCUCCACCUGAGAUAAUUAGGUUCAUUAUUUGAACUCCUUGAUUAUUUCCUCCUGAACUAUGUUAUAAAACAUCAUGAGGAUUAGAGACAGAAUAAGAAAAAGGUUGCGACUGCUGGGCCCGUGCUUCUAACGGAGUUAUACUCACGUGAAAGGAACUAUACUCACGGAUAGGAUGCUCAUUAGUUUGUCAUCCAGAGCUGUGGGAGGAGCUCUGGCCUUUGUAAUUGCUUCUGACCAAUUGCCUGGUUCAAAGGCAUUGGUAGACAUUGCAUCCUCUUCACCAGAGCCGAAAGAUAUCCUGUGCUUCAGGGGAAGGGCGGCAGCUUUCAUCUAGAUAAGACAUCGGCUGGGUUAGCUGAUCAAGAGAGCCUCCGGAUUGAGAUUGCUGUGACAUCCCAGCUCAAUGGUGGCGGGAAGGGGAGGUAAGGGUGGAUCAUUGAACACUGCAGAAAGCCUAGCGUGGAGAGUUUUUAUGAGUUUUUCACAGAAUCUGCACUCUGUUAUUUUCAUUGCAGCCUCGACAUGGGCACGGCACUGACACAGCAAACACUCGUUCUGCGAGUCAGAUGACUCAAGCAGCAUACGCGCCAUCCUCGCAGUGACAUGCUUUCCUCACCAGAUCACAGGAGGGGAACUUCUUCUGACUUCGUCCACUCAGAAUGAGAAUCCAUUCCGAAAGAAACAGGCAAUGGUGCUCAGCGCGGUCUGAUCUAGUGGCCAGCCUUUUCGUGCUUGAAAGCCAUUGGCUAUUGCAGGUGCAAUAGCGUGAUUCAAUCAAGAAGAAAAUUAGUUUCCCCAUCACAUCAGCUUAGAUGCAGUGUCGAGAGCAUUUUUAGAUCGGGGCAGCACAUCUUCUUCAAUGCUGUUACAUCUGUACACCACCUUUCAUUGAUGUAGAAGCAUGUCCCGCCACCAUGCGAUUUCCACGCUAAUUUUGCAUUGCGAUCUACUCUGCACAUCUGGAAGCUCACCAGGCUUCCAUGAAACACAGAGAAGCAGAGUUUAAAAUGUCCUUAUUGGUUUGAGACAGCAGAAAAAGUUUGUCCGUUUUGUUGGGUAGGAAAUGGAGAUUUGCCAGAUGGAUACUAGGCAGCGUGGUCCUAAAGCUGCGAUAUCUGAGCUUGACUAGCGUGCCGGCUCGCUUCCCACGGUUGCGCGCCCUGGAGCGCUUCAGCAGCACCAACUAAAAUCUUCAGCAAAACGUCAGAAUAGUCGAAAACUGGUGAAAUAUUGGGUUGUGUGUACUGCCAAAUUUUCAGCAAUUCGUUCCUGGUAAAACUGAUUGUAGGGAUAUAACUAAAUACAGGACAAACUAACAAAUACAGUAAAACAGCUGAGCAGCAACACACCGAGGCAGCUGUAGCAAAUUAGCUCAAAAAGGUAAAUAUUAAUAAUAAUCAUAACUUGCUAUAAUUAAUUAUAAAUAUUUGGAUCAUUUCAUCAAUUUAACUUCAUGUAGCUGAAUUAAUAUUAUGAUCAAUUCAUCUGUUUGGCCGGUAAACACUCGUCUGUCAACUCUUCACAAAGGAUAUUUUCCAUAGCCACAGAAAAAUCACUCUUUCUUAGAAUGUAGCAAUGAUCAUUAGCAAUGGUUUAACUAAGUCACAAAUACAUAACUAUUCUAACAGACACAUACACACAACUCUAGCAGAACCGGCGCCAGGACGCACAAACUGAGGGCCAUUCAUAAUUCUGUAGGGGGCCAGCGGGGGCCCCCUACAGCUAUAUUAUAGCUGAGCCCCCAGUAUGAGUUUUUUUUUUUUAAGGCAAUGCUUUAAGGCUCAUUUUAGAACGUUAUUUUAGAGCGGCUAUUAAUUCCUUGCCGAUGCGUCAUGCAGCCACACUAUGACAGGUAUCGCGUUUAUUUCGUUUUUCCUUUUUUAUUCAAAAUAUUUACAAACCUGUUCACUAUAUCAUGAAUUAUGAUAUAUUCUGAUUGUCAAAUAUGUGGAAGUGAAUGUGUUUUGUCAUUUAAACACCUUUAUAAUGAUCAUGUUAGUUGAUAUAACAUGCUUUGAGUUUGCAUAUGUUGGAUUUACAUCACGUAAAUUUAUCUAUUUUUUCCCGAAAUACAUGUUUCAUACACAAUGUAUCUGAUAUGAAUAAAACACUGUCAAAUUAUAAUUGUAAGGAUUAUUGCAGCUUCCAUAUCAGUGUAUUAGAAUUUGCAUUUAACAAACUAUAUAUGUCUUUUUUAAUAUAUAGCCUAUAAUUCAUUUAAAUGUCUAUUUAAAUGUCUGAAACCUCAAAUAAACAUUAUGGGGUUGAAAACACUGAAUAGGUGUGAAAUAUAAAAAUCUCUGAGCACGUCCGUCUCUGGCUCAGCACCAGCAGCGCAAAAGCAGGUUUGAUUUUAGCAGUGACGUACUGAACGUUCUAAUCACACCAGUGUGACCGUCAAAGCAUUAAAAUUGAUUGAGUUUUGGGGGUGAAGGGAGGAUAAAUUGAAACUGAGGGGGCACAAAUCAGAUCUGAGGAGGCAAUGCCCCCUUUUGCCCCCAUCAUGGCGCCAGGCCUGAACUCAAGCAUACCUAGGAAAUGAGAAAGUGGAGGCGAAUGAAACAGUAGCAUAACAGAGUAAUGGAGCUAUGAAAAUAGUCAUUUAACAACCUGAAAGAACCAUUAGUUUUUACUAUAAAGCACCUUUGUUACAAAGGGGUUUACAACUUAAUCACUGAAUCGCUGUUUAGUGUUCAAAUAUAUGAUACAUGCAAAUGCAGUCUCGGGUGAAAUUCUUGAUGGUUCGGUCCGAUGGUGCUGAAGUUGUAAUCAAUAUCUUCUCUGUUGAAUGAAGAAAUGAUGACAAACUUGCGCUGUUAAUUUGGCCCUGUUGUGGUCAAGGAAGUUGCGCAUGACUUGCUGAUGAGGUCAGGCUGAGGGCCUGGUGAGGUCUCAUGUGAACAGCAAUCAGUAGACACAGCAAGGGCAGAAGGAAGGAACUGUGUGUUGACUUUUAAGUUCCACAGAGUCCACACCUUUGAGUUUUGGCUUGAACAAUGAGAAAGGUACAGUUCUCAAGCUGGAAAGUUCCUUUGUUUGAAAGCGAACUCAUUUGCCUGAGAGGAGAAAGCUGGGAGUUUGUGUCCAUUUAUACUCUGAUAAAUAUAACACACGCACUGCAUUCUAUGAGAAGGUAAUGUCCACCAAAGUGUGAAUCAUUAAACGACGAGUAUUUUGAAAUGAGACACCACCUAGAUGGGCUACAUUCUAGUAGUUCUAGCAUCGGGCAUGCAUAACACUAUACAAUAUACAAAAGAACAAAAUACAAACAGUAAUAAUACACAAAAUGUACUGGGGAAAUACAUGUUCAUUCAUUUAGGCAGAUUUGUCAAUAAAUUAGUGGAAAGGAUUCCAUUUCAAUGGGAAUGCAUGUCUGUUUCUGUACUUUUCUGAGCUGGCACUAUCUCAUAAGUGUCUUUGAAAUGUAUGAGGGGAGCAAAUGGUGAUAGUUCUAAGUGGGGCAGUCAGACAUCACGGAGUCUGCAUGGGUGAGGGGUUGUAAAUAUAUGAACUAGAUUAAAUUAUGUGUCUGAUCGAUCCAGUCGUUACACAGCUGUCCACGGCGCAAUCUUGUUAAUUUAAACUCUGCCUGCAACUGCAUGUAUUUGACUAUGGAAGCCUCACAGAAUGUAACCUUUAGUAAUAAUACAGCAGAUGAAGUAGAUCUCCUCAAAGUGUUCUCUGAUUGGAGAACCAUUCAUUGGUUCUCCAAUCAGAGAACACAGGCAAUGUUCAAGGCCCUGCAGAUGCUACAUAAGCUUGCCAGAAAUUCAGCCAAAGAUGAGGAUAGAGAGCAAGCUGGAGAUCUCCAAAACGUGGUGACGGAUAGGGAUAGGGUCUCCCUAUGUCUUCUAUGAGAUUUUUCUAGAUCCCACCCCCUAUUGGAGCUCCUGCAAUCCAUCAGACACCAUCUUGAGGCAGGCUCUUUAAAAAUAACUAUUUGAAACACAUAACACAUUAAAAAAAUGCUACUCAGAGUGCUGAACUCCCAUCAAGCCUUGCCAUUUUCUUCUUAAAAAAUAUGUUAGUAGGUUAAUAGGUUCUCUGCAAGAGAUGACAAUUUUACUAAAAUGACACUAUAAAUGCUAAAAGAAACAUUCCAAAAGAAAACAUUCCAUUAUCAGUCAGGGUUUUCAUCUUUUCAGUCUUUAACUGAAAAGGACAUCAGUUAUAUCUCAGUUCACACACACACACAAAAAAAAUGAAAUGUCACUUUUAAAGGAAAGUGUGAAAACAUUAAGAGGAAAAGUACUGAAAUUCAAAGCACUGCCACACCUCCUAACAGACUUGUGAUGGAAUAGAAAUUCAAUUUGAUCUAAUAUGACAGCAUUGAAGAGAGGUCUCACUCAUAAGGGGAAAAACUCUUUGACUUAAAGACUAGAGUUCUUUAAGGUUGCAUGCCUGUCAGCAGGUGAUGUUAUCUGCAUGAGCCGAUGUCGCAAUAUUUUAGCGGUUCUAGCGAUGUUGUGGUAAGCCCUCCUUUUACUGUAAACACUAAUUGCUCUAGUGUGUGUGCACGUGUGCUGUGGUUGCAUUUCUAAUUUACAAACUACGAAAAGGACAUGACACUUCACUCAUUGUGGUAUCAUCAGUUCCAAAGAAUAAAACCAAUGAGUUGACAGCUCGUAUGUGUGAGCAACAGUUGGGGAGAAAGAGUGUGAAUCUGAUUAAGAUAAGACAAAGUGAAGAUAUGUUUUGGAAAAUAAACCCUAUAAAAAACAACAUUGAGGCAGAUCUCAGACAUUUUUGUCUUUGUCUUCAUUUUCAUUCAUCUGAACUCAGGAUAAAAUGAUGAGCUUCAUGGAUUCUGUGUGAUUGGAUGUUAUAUCAGCAUCGACCUCACUACUAAUCUCAUGUCUCAGAAUGAGUAGCUGUUCUUUAGUAGCUAGUCUUUUUUUUUACUCAUGUGUUUACUCAGAAUGAGACCCUUUUCAUCUAGAGCGUUUUUUGUGCGCAUGUAUUUGUUUCAAAGAGAGAUGGAGAGAAAGAGAGAGUUUGUUUUGGAACUAGUUAAAAGUUAAAACAAGACAGGAAACAUUUAAUGGAAAGUUUGGGGUAGAGGAAAUUAAGGCAUAGGAGAAAUAUUGACAGAGAGCAGAGCUGCUGCAGUUGGGGGUCCUUAGGGCAUAGUCAUCCAUAAAGUUCGUUGAACGUUAUGACUCAUCGUGACAUUUCUGAUAAAGAUUUAAUGCUGAAAUGUUGUCCCCUCAUCUUCAAAGUUUCAGAGGGGCCUUACUAAUUCACAUCUCCUGUCGUUUUCUCAUUGACUCUCUGCUUCUACACAGCCUCAAGUAAGAUGUUUGCCCUGCUCAGUGUCCUCCUGCUUUCGUCACAAGUCCUUCCUCUCGUCCAAUCAGAGACGUGCAAUGAAACAACAGAGUACCUUGAAGUCAGUCAGUGCUGCAAAAAAUGUGAACCAGGACAGCUUCUGGUAGAGAGAUGCAAACCAGGCUCACCUGAUACUCAGUGUAAGCCUUGCGGAAAAGGCUUCUUCAUGGAAGACUAUAAUACCAAUUUCGGCUGGUGCAAUUAUUGCAAAAAGUGCACCAAAGAUCAUAUGAAGUAUAACAAGACCUGUACGCUGACAAGUGAUGCCGUGUGUACAUGUGAUGAAGGCUACAGAUGUAGUGGCGACAAAUGCGAGACGUGUGUGAAAGUCCCGACAACUACUCUUUCCCAUACUUCUCCUACUACUGCUCCUACUACUUCUACUAAAAAAAUACUGCCCACCCAUGAUAAUGUGUGGAUCUCGGUGAGUCUGUGUUUUGCAUGUGUGUGUGUGUGCGUUCUGUUCACCUGUUUCCUUCUCACCAGCAGACAUGCACGAUCAUGUGGAAGGAUCAUGUCAGCAUCAAAGGGUUUUUGGUUCUACAAAAAGAGCAACUCUGGAAUCAGUCAGUGCACAGAGAAAGAUAAGAUGCCAGUGCAGGAGAUGUGUGGAAAGACAGAGAAAAUGGAGGAUGUCUGAGAGAGGAGGAGGAAGAAGGCCGCUGAUGCGUCUAUGGAUUGAGUAUUUACUCUAGAACAAACCUGCUGCUGCCAUAUACUCAAGAGAAGAGUGAGACAAAUCUGCACUCAUGUGGUUCAUCUGAAGUAUCCGUGAGAAUGACUGUCCAUCCAUCCAUCCUGAGAAAUGCUGACAGAGAGAGAUUUGACUUCCCACUGCACAUAAAGACACACUCAACAUUCAACAUAGAGAUAAUCUUUUUCAACAAAUAUUUUCUUCUCUGCACACUUGUUUGUAUUUAUAAUUGGGUAGUUAAUGGACUUUAGGUUAACAUUUGUAUGAAUGUACUGUACAAGGGAAAGUGUAUAUGUUAGGUCAUGUGACCGCUCAACAUUUCUUUUCGCUUUUUUAAUCGCCUUUUAAUCGUCAUAGAAGCUGCAUGUAUAAAAAUAUAAAAGAA